UGCGCGCUCGCGCUUCCGCCCUCUCGCGGCGCUCGGCUGAGGCAGUCUGUCUGUCGGACUGUCCUCGGAACGAGGGGAGGCGAGGCGACUUCGGAGAGCCAGCCGCCCGAUUAUUUUCUUUUCCCUCCCUCUCUCCCGUCCCACAUCGUUAUUCACCCCUCUCCCGCCUUUGCUCGCGCAGCCAUGGCGGAGCCGUCGGCGGCCACUCAGUCUCCAUCCGUCUCCUCGUCAUCCUCCGUGGCCGAGUCCUCUACGCCCGGUGGCGGCGGCGGGAGCCCGGGAGCCUGCCCCGCCCUGGGGGCGAAGAGCUGCGGCUCCUCCUGUGCUGAUUCCUUUGUUUCUUCUUCUCAGCCUGUAUCUCUAUUUUCGACCUCACAAGGCAAUUUCCCAGAUCAUCCUGCUUUUCUCUCAAAGGAAGUUGGUCAAAUGCAACAGCAGAUAAAUAAAGAUCAAGAGUCCAAGAACCCAAAUGAGGUACCAAGUAGGGACGAUAGAACUGCCUUGGAUGCAGAUGACAAAUUCACUUUGCUAACAGCCCAGAAGCCACGCACCGAGCAGUAUAAAGCAGAAGGUGAUUGGGCAGAAACAUCUCUCCCACAGGAAAAUGCUAUGCCAGGCCGUCUCAACUCCACACAGGAAAUCAGUAUCCAAGGUGUGCGAGGCAGUGUGCAGAAAAGAGAGGACACACUUUCAGAGUUACCUGGAUCUCCGUUUGAGAAAUGUGUCUCUCUUGGUUCUGGAGUGGCCACAGUGAAAGUGGUUUUACCUGAUGGCCACCUGAAAGGUGAAAUGAACUGGCAGACCUCUGUGUUGGGAGAAGUGACAGAGGCUGAUAGUUCUGGUGAGUCUGAUGACACGGUGAUAGAGGACAUCACAGCAGAUACUUCAUUCGAGAGCAACAAAAUUCAGGCUGAAAAACCUGUUUCCAUCCCAAGUGCUGUUGUAAAAAUAGAUGAAAGAGCAAUCAAAGAGAUUCGUAAUUGUAAUAGGGAAGACAAAACAUCUGGAAACUUUGACGGGUCCAUCAAUGACUCUGCGCCACAACAAGUUCAGCCUGAUAUUGGAAGGAGUCCAGCUGGUGAGGCAGCAUGUUCACAAGUACGUAAUAUGAAUGUCACAUCAGAAGAUAUGAAGCAGUCAGAUAGUAUGAGUGUAGUUGCUCCUGAAAGGCUUGUUGCAGCUGAGAACCCCAAACUUCCUUCAGAAGCAUCUCCAAAGGUUUUUAAUGAUAAGACAGAAUUCUCACAAAAUGUGACAACCUCUGCCUAUUUGGAGUCAUUGCAUGAAAAAAGUGUUAAAGAUAAAGAUGAUUCUUCCCCAGAGGACCUGAUAGCAGCCUUUACAGAAACCAGAGAGAAAGGAAUAGUAGGUAAAGGUGAAGGAAAUACCUUUGAAGCAACAUCAGAGAAAACUAAGGACUUUAAAACAGCUCUUCCUGUAGAUGUUUUACAUGAAAGUGAGUCAGGUGGCUCUGAAAUUAAAAACAUAGAAGACAAAUACAAUGAACAAAGCAAAGAAACAGAUGGGAGUGAGCUUCUGGAUGUUUUCCCUACCCAAGGUACUCCAGUAGCAUCUCUUGACUUAGACCAGGAGCAGCUCACAAUCAAAGCACUGAAAGAACUGAAUGAAAGGAAGGUUGAGAAGUCAGCUUCCGUACAGGAUAAAGUAGAAUCUCCCGAAGAAAUACUCAAGCAGACUUUAACAUUUGCUCCAGAAUCUUGGCCACAGAGAUCCUAUGAUGUCCUAGAACACAAAGAUGUCAAGACUGGAUCUGAUCUCGGCAUUUCCAAGAAGCCCAGUAUUACCAAAGAAGCUACUAGGGUAGUUAUCACUUCCAGCCUUAGCAAGACUGAACUGGUAAACAAGGAUGUCCUAGCAAGACUUCUGGCAGAAUUCUCAGUGCACGACUUAAUUUUCUGGCGAGAUGUGAAGAAGACUGGGUUUGUCUUUGGCACCACACUGAUCAUGCUGCUCUCCCUGGCAGCUUUCAGUGUCAUCAGUGUGGUUUCUUACCUCAUCCUGGCCCUUCUGUCUGUCACCAUCAGCUUCAGGGUCUACAAGUCUGUCAUCCAAGCUGUACAGAAGUCAGAAGAAGGCCAUCCAUUCAAAGCGUACCUGGAUGUAGACAUCACUCUGUCCUCAGAAGCUUUCCAUAAUUACGUGAACGCUGCCAUGGUGCACAUCAACAGGGCCCUGAAACUCAUUAUUCGUCUCUUUCUGGUGGAGGAUCUAGUUGACUCCUUGAAGCUGGCUGUCUUCAUGUGGCUGAUGACCUAUGUUGGUGCCGUUUUCAAUGGGAUCACCCUUCUGAUUCUUGCUGAACUGCUCAUUUUCAGUGUUCCAGUUGUCUACGAGAAGUACAAGAUCCAGAUUGAUCACUAUGUUGGCAUCGCCCGCGAUCAGACCAAGUCAAUUGUUGAAAAGAUUCAAGCAAAACUCCCUGGAAUUGCAAAAAAAAAGGCAGAAUAAGUACAUGGAAACCAGAAAUGCAACAGUUACUAAAACACCAUUUAAUAGUUAUAAUGUUGUUACUUGUACUAUGAAGGAACCGUGCUCAGUGUCAGCUUGAGCCUGCAUUCGAAGCUUUUUUUUUUAAUUUGGUGUUUUCUCCCCUCCUUUCCCUUUACCCUCAGUAUCAAGCACAAGAAUUGUUGGACUUAAAAAAGAACUGAUAUCUUAGAACCCAAAAGAAUUAAGAAAGAAUCAAAUUAAUAGGAUAAGUCAGUACCUUAAUGAUGGUGGAGCUUUACCUGUAGCUAGAAAGGAGGGGAAAGAUUGGAGGUAAAGGAGAAAAUGGAAAAUAAAACACAUCUCUUGGGUUCUUCUAUUCAAAUUUCAAGGACUGGUCAGUCUUACAUAGCUGUCCAUCAUAGUUUGCCCUUAUUUUUAAGUUAAGAAAUAAUGAUUAACUUAUGAAGAAACUAUCUGGGGACAAGAAUGGGAUUCUUUCCCUCUUUUUUGUUGUUGUUUUGUUUUAUUGUGUUUUUUGCAGCCCUGUGAUCCCAUCCUCCUGCCCCACAAUGUGAGCAGCCGCCCCUAAUAUUCUUCUUCAUUUAACGGUGUAACUUUCAACUCUA